AUGAAGACGGCGCUUUCUUCUCGAAAAAAAUUCGGUUUUCUUGAUGGAUCUAUUGGUCGACCGGAAGAAGGAUCACCCGAUCUUGAUGACUGGUGGAAGAUUCAGGCGUUGAUGAUCUCCUGGAUCCGGAUGACCAUUGAUCAUGUGUUGCGUUCCAACAUUUCUCACUGGGACGUUGCCAAGGAUUUAUGGGAACACUUGAAGAAGCGGUUUUCAGUUACUAAUGGUUUCUGUAUUCAGCAACUCAAAGCGGAACUAGCUUCCGGCAAGCAACGAGGGCUUACCAUAGAGAGUUACUAUGGUAAGUUGAACCGGAUUUGGGAUAGCAUGACUAAUCACAGGCCACUGUGUGUCUGCAAAUGUGGGAAGUGUGAGUGCAAUCUUACCACUUUACAGGAGCUCGAUCGAGAGGAAGACAAGGUCCAUAAUUUUCUUUCUGGUAUUGAUGAACCUUUUAACACGGUGAGAUCGACUCUGGUUUCUCGUGUGCCGAUUCAACCUUUGGAGGUAGUGUAUAAUGUUGUUCGUCAAGAGGAAGAUUUGAGAAACAAUGUUAAAAAGGAGGAUAAUCCCGCUGAAAUCACUGCAUAUGCAGUACAACAACAAGGUCGUGUUUCUACGUCUAUCCGUGUUGACGAUGCGAUACCUGUGUGUACCCACUGCCAUCGUAGUGGUCAUUCCUCUGAUCGUUGUUUUCUGUCGUUGGCUACCCUGAGUGGUGGGGUGAUCGCCCAAGGAGCCGCACGGUACAAGGAAGGAGUCGUGGUGGUUAUGUUGGUGUUCUGUCGGGUGGACGAGGAACGUGCCAAUUACAUAAUCACCAACAAAGACCGCAAUGGGGUCAGUGGUCUUGAUGACAAGCAGUGGGAGCGUCUUAUGAAGCUUUUCAAUGCUAGCGGCAAUGGUGCAGCAAGCUCCAGUCAUGAAAAAGUUUUGGGUACGUAUUCCGCUCCCUCUUGGGUAUUAGACACCGGGGCUUCUCAUCAUUUGACGGGUAACUAUGAUAUACUCCCGAAUGUGCAAAGUAUGGAGCAUGUGCUGUCUGAUCUCAUUUCCUUGGGCCAGCUCAUGGAUGAGAAUAGAUGUAUAGUACAGAUGGCUGAUCAGUUUCUUGUGGUCCAGGACCGUGCUUCGAGGAUGCUGAUUGGUGCGGGUAAACGAGAUUGUGGAACCUUUCGCUUUUGUAGAACGGAGUUGGAAGCGUUCGUGACGGAUAAGGAUGUGAACGCGUACGAGUUGUGGCACAAUAGGAUGGGUCAUCCGUCUCCAAAAGUUGUUGGUUCUCUUCCAAAUAUUUCUGUUUCUAUUGUUUCUGAAUUAUCGAAUAAGUUGAUAAAUCGAACUCCUAGUUCGGUGCUUAAUGGAGUCACGCCAUAUGAGAAGUUACAUGGUGCACCUCCAACUUACGAUCAUCUGAAGGUGUUUGGCAGUCUUUGCUAUGCACAAAAUCAGACACACAGAGGAGAUAAGUUUGCACCAAGAAAUCGAAAGUGUGUAUUCGUUGGGUAUCCCUAUGGCAAAAAUGCAUGGAGGUUAUAUGAUCUUUACAAACAAGAAUUUUUUGUCUCAAGGGAUGAGGUUUUCAGUGAAACAGAGUUUCCUUAUGCAACUCAUGUUCUCGCAACUAAUAUAGACGAGGAAGACGUUGAGUUAUGGGCCACAAGCUUACUGGGCCCAAUAGUAGAAGAACCAACAAGGCUUGUCGGUCCAUUAAGCAAUUCAAACCCAGUUGAUGAUGUUUCUUCUCCAGUCCCGAUACUUUCACCAUCCGAUCAAUCUAUGUCGCCCUCAACUCCGACGUCGUCAUCCUCUGCCACUCCGACCUCCUCCUCACCAUCUUCCGGCCCGUCGUUCCGUCUGAACCUUCGACACCAUCUCCGGUCGUCACUUCUUCGUCCUCUCCUUCGGCUUCUACCGAUGAUGACGAAGUUCAGCAGCCCGUCGCUUUGUUGA